AUGAACUCAGCUGUUCUCUCCUCCUCGGUUGGCCGUGUCAAAGGCAGGGGCAAGGUGUACCUGUGCAAGGACCGCGGCGUGCUAGUGACCCGAUACCACCUCAACUGCGUCGUGGGCAAGCUGGAGCACUUGGGUCUCUUCGGGAGGGACAACAUGGCGGGGUUCGACGGACUGCUGCACAGGGUGGGAGUGAUGCGGGACAAGGGCGGCAAGAUUUACGGGGUGACGAUUCGCGUGGGCCGAUACGCCAAGGGCAUGGCAGACAUGGUCGACGACCUCCUCUUCAACCACCACACUGCAACAGGGUCUGGAAAGCGGGCAUCCCAGGCGCCGGCUUCGAUUCUGGUCCUGGGUAGGCACGGAGCCGGGAAGACGACGCUCGUGCGAGACAUGUGCCGAAAGCUUUCGUCCCACGAGACUGUGGUGAUCGUGGACACGAGGAGCGACAUCGGAGGCGCCGGCGUCGUCCCUCACAGACGCGCUAUCGGGGAAGAGAGCCGCAGGGUCAUGGUCCCGCAAGGGAUGCAGCAGCACGAGGUCAUUCUCCAAGCCUACCGAAACCACAGCCCUCAGACAAUCGUGGUGGACGAGAUUUCCUCCCAGCUGGACAUCGAGGCUUGCAUGGCGGUCAAAGCCCGCGGCAUUCGCGUUGUAGCCGGUGCUGUGGGCGACCUACCCUACGUUCUAGACAGCCCGGAAAUCGGCGCGGCCCUCGGAGGAUUGGAGGAUAUACAACGUUCAGCCAAUGUCGAUGACGACAGCGACGACCAAAUGGAACGACGCGCGGGCUCGCCGGUGUUCGAGGCGGUGGUCGAGCUGGAGGGAAGGGCGGGAGGGGCGGCGCCGCAGGGGGCGGUGGUGACGAACGUGGAGGCUGUGGUGGACGAGCUGCUGGACAAGGGCUGCGUGACACGUCCCGAGAUGAGGGCGCCUGUGGGUGAAGAUGACGUCAUGCUUGACGAGGACGCGGGAGAAGAUGCCGCGGGAGGGAUCGGGGGCCAUGGGAGCUGCACCCCCUUCUUGCGCAAAGUUUCACGCGACCAAGCGGACAAGUGGGUGUGGUAGGCCGGCCCUAUCGCGUGGAAAUAGGCACAUUUGAGGAGCACACGAACACUAACACGACGAGCUGGACAUGCAUGUCGCUUUGGUAGGCUGGCCCUCUGGCGUGGAAACACAAUGGUAGAGGAGAGCAUGGAACUACUGUUGCUAUUUGAUCGGGGGGGGGGAAACGAUAAGCGACAAGGGUGUUGAACCCCGCGGUUAGUCGCAGACGCACGUUUGGUGAUUCUAUAUGGGGAGAAUGGUUGACCUGCACAAGGCGGGGGAGUCUAUAAUGUUGCACUGCUACCCAUUUGACGUAUUGACGUUAGCGAAAGUUGCGAAGGGUGCUAUCGCUACUGCAGAGAGGAGAGGUGUCGCCGUUGUCCCGAACCUCAGCAACCGUGGCCAUUCCUGGUGUCUUCUAGCAGAUGCCCAUUGCUGCCGAUCGAUGUGUUCCGGGUGAAAGUGCCCUGUACUGUAGGGUGUAUGGUAUUUGGUCAAAGGAGGCGAGAGGCGUGGUCGUCGCUGAGUCAUGGAGACGACGAAGUUUACUGCUGGGGGCAAACGACUUGUAGGAUAGGGUUUACACAACAGGAGCGAGCGGCGAUCACACCACGGGUUGUUCCGUUUGCUGGAGUAACUGCAGCACGUACGUGUGGAUACAUGCGGCGUGUGGUUGGUCCAGGCUAGAGGCGGCGUGUUUUUCUCGGUGUUGUUCUUUUUACUUUACGGACGGAAUUAUGUUUUUUUACCAUUGUACGAAAAAUUUGCGUUGUGCGAGUAGGACACAGAA